AUGGAUGAAGACAACGAGAACGAGGACGUUAUUCAUGACGAUGAGAUUUUCAUUGAUGAAGAUGGUGAUGUAGAAUUUGAUGAUAUGGGAAAUGUCGAGAAUAAUGAAGGGGAGCGUAGACCAUUCGAUGUUAACUUACCUCCAGCGCACCAGUACUUACAAUUGAAUGGAAACGAUGAAUUGGCUCAUAAUCUCGAAGAUGAAGAGCCUGGGAAAGUAAUUACGGUCUCAAUUUUGGAAAUGCCAAUUGUCUUACUACCAAUGCAGCUAUUACCAUUUCAUACAGAUUACCCGUUGCUAGUUUCGCAGCUUCAGCAUGCAGCUCGUGAAAAUAAGUAUAUCGCACUGAAACCAAAAUUAGAUAACGUUGACACAGAUAUUGCAACACUAAUUCAGAUUCGGAGCUUACAUGAAAAUGAUGGUGGUUUAUCUGUACAAGCUAUAGGACGUCAGCGUUGUCGAAUAUUUAACCGUCAUUCUGCGAUCAACGGGAUGCCGUAUGCUGAAGUACAAGUGCUAGAAGAAAAAGAGCUACCUUCUUUUUCUCAUAUGUUGAUGCCUAUUUCAUUUUCUCGACUGCAACUUGAAAAAGUAGAUGGGAGAUUUUUUUUCGGGGGUUUGCCAUAUUUUGCUGCAAUGACAUCACAUUCACAUCAGACCCUCAGAAUGUCAUUAACGAAGCAUUAUGUCACUGAGAUUGCAAAAUGGCUUUAUGGGUGGCAUGUAUAUGACAAAGUUAAACGUGUAUUGUCUCAGGGAAACACGUCAUUCAGCUAUUGGGUGGCUGCAAACUUACCAGUUGAUAUGGAAACACGCUUGCGUUUACUUGACCAAUCAUGUACAGAUAGACGAUUAAGAGAAGAGUAUUAUAUCAUCAAUCAAAUCGAUUUAAUUGUUUGCAAAAGCUGCGGUACUGUACUAGGUCAGAUGUCACAUAUGAUUAAUGUUUCAACUGAUGGAAACAGUGCACAUUAUGUCAAUCCAGGUGGAUAUGUACAUGAUUUAUUUACUCUGUCGGAAGUGAGUUCAACUGUAGGUUAUGGAGUACCUUCAUCUGAAUGUUCUUGGUUUCCUGGUUACAUGUGGACUAUUCACGAGUGCGAGCGUUGUCGGCAGCAUGUUGGUUGGCGUUUCACAAGCACAACACUCACACCAAGUUCAUUUUUUGGCCUAACGCGACGUGCAAUUCGACCUGCUGACUCCCGACAUCCAGAUACUUCUAAUAUUCAACGUAUUGAACAGCUAGCUAUUGUCUAA